CCCACGCGUGUGCAACCAUGGCGAAUGGGACUGUGAGAGACACGCUGGAGAAAUGUUUACAGAUUUUAAACUGCAGUACAGCGCAGCCCGAGUUGUUUUUAAAUGUACAGGAUGGCUUGGCAGCAGACUUCACAUCCCUCACAAAGACCCUGUAUGAUCUGCACAAAACCCAUAAACGGAAAGGGUGGAAGGGGAGUCCGCUGGACCAGCUGGUUGUGGAGAACUUUGACGAGGAACAGAUCUGGCAGGAACUCGAGCUUCAGAAUACGGCUGUGCUCGCUCUCUUUGAGGACGAAGUAAGCAAGGCGGUCACAGACGACACACUGACUCUUUUAGAAGAAACAGAGGAAGAAGAAGAGGAGGAGGAGGAUGGUGGAGGUGGCCAGGAUGAUGAUGAUGAGGAGGAGGAGGAGGAAGAUGAUGAGGAGGAAGAGAAUGGUGACAAAAGAAAAAACGGACUUAAGCCCAAGUCAUCUGCAUCCGACGAUGAUGAGGAGCUUUACGACGAGGACUCGGAUAUCGAUUUUGAUGUUGAUGAAUUAGAAAAACAAUCCAAGCAAAAAAAGAAAACAGAAACCAAGAUACCUAAAUCUAGGACUGUCUCAGAAGUGGACGAUCAAUUUUUUAAACUAUCAGAAAUGGAGGCUUUUCUGGAUGAUAUGGACAAGAGGGAAGGGAAGGGACCUGCUGGUGAGGAAAUUGACUACUUUCAGGACCUGCCCUCAGAUGAGGAUGAUGAACUGGUGUUUGAUAAACCUUCUGCAUCAAAGAGUAAGAAAAAGUCGAAAGGUUCCAGAAAUAUGAAAUACAAAGAUUACUUUGUGGAUGAAGAUCCUGCUCAGCACGAGUCAGAUGAGGAAGGUGAGUCAGCACCUGAAGAAGAAGAGGAGGAUGAGGAUGAAGAGGACAUGGACGGAGAGGAUUCUGAAGAAGGUGACGCUGAGAGCCAGAAAGCCAGAGACGCUUUGCGCAAGGUGACCUUUGACCUCCCCAGUGAGAGUGAAGGAGAGGAUGUGGAGGACAUUCUGGGUGGAAAGUCUAAAAAUGCAACAAAGCCAGAUACCAAGUCAGCAUUUGAGAAAAGACAGGAAAAGAUGGCAGAGAAGAUCACUGAGCUGGAGAAGGCAGCGUUGGCUGAGAAGCCAUGGCAGCUGACUGGAGAGGUGACGGCACAGACUCGGCCAGAGAACAGCAUGCUAGAGGAGGAUGUGGAUUUUGAUCAAGCGUCCAGGAUAGCUCCUGCUGUCACGGAGGAGAUGACGCUGCAGCUUGAAGAGAUCAUCAAGCAGAGAAUAAAAGACCAGGCCUGGGACGAUGUUGUGAGGAAGGAGAAGCCAAAGGAGGAGGUAUUCGAGUAUAAGAAAAGGUUGACACUGGACCAUGAAAAGAGCAAGCUGAGUCUGGCGGAAGUUUACGAACAGGAGUACAUCAAGCAGAACCAGGAAAAGACAGAGGAGGAGGAGAAUCCAGCUCAUGUAGAAAUUCAGAAGCUUAUGGACUCACUCUUCCUCAAACUGGAUGCGCUUUCCAACUUCCACUUUACACCAAAACCACAUAUUCCUGAGGUGAAGAUAGUGUCCAAUCUGCCUUCAAUCACGAUGGAGGAAGUGGCUCCAGUCAGCGUCAGCAACGCCACUCUUUUGGCUCCUGAGGAAGUCAAGGAGAAGAACAAGGCUGGAGACAUUCUCGGUGACUCUGAGAAAACAGCCACUGAUAAGAAACGGGAGAGACGCAAGAAGAAGAAGCUGAAGCGGGUGAAGAUCCAGGAGCGUGAGAAGAGGAUGAAGCUUAAAGAAGCUGCAAGUGAAGGAAAGAUCAAGAAGAAGUCAAAGGCCCAAGUGGAAGAGACUCUCAGAAAACUUACCAAAGGAGGGAAAGCCAAAUUACUCACGGAUGAUGGGAUGGACAAAGCCCUGCGCUCAUCUCAAGCCUUCUUCUCCCAACUUCAAGACCAAGUCAGGAGUCAGAUCAAGGGCUCAAAGGAUCGGGCUGCCAAAAAGAAGAAACAGAAAGAGGUUUCUGCCAGCAAGCUGAAGUUAUAGUUCUAAUUGUGUUGUGUAUCAUGUACAGUUUCUCUUUAUAAGAUGAGAAUGAAUCGAGCCUGGGUCUCCACAUGAUCUGGUCAUUUAUAUUAAAAUGGUUUUGUCAUAUUUAAAAAAAAAAAAUAUGGUUCAUAUGGCUCAUUUGGUGUGUGGUUGUUGUGUUCUGAUUAAUUUAACCACUAUGAGAAACUGCAGUACAAAGCCGUGUGCACUGAACAUGUGCUUUAAGAUACCUGGGGUCUGUUUUAGAAAUCACAAUCUCAGCCCACGUGUCUCAAUUCACCAAAAAAAUAUUCUGAUUUUUUUCUCAGUUACAAGACAAAAUCCAGAUUACUUACAUUGAAAAGUCAUGUAGUGGUAGGUUAAAUAGGGUCAAACCUUUAAGCCUGCAGUAUAUAAGGACCAUAGAGCGCAAGAUUUUAUCCUUAUCAAAUGUUUUAUUGGCGCAGUGCUUUGGCUAGUAAAACAUUCAGUAAAAGCAUUGUAGUGUAGCUUCUUCCCCCACAGUUUCACUUUUUCCUGGACCAUCAGCCAUUAAAUUGAAAUUUAAUGGUGUCCUAGAGUAGGCAGCUCUGAUGAGUGACACCCGUGAAUGCCUUACAUAAACAGUAUGAACUAUUCAAGGAGAUAAUUGCUUUCUAAAUCAUUUAGGAAUGAUAUUAGUGCUGUGAUGCUUUUAGGAAACUUAGCUCAGGUAAGUAAUAAACCACCCCGGUUCACAAAAGCAUGGAUAAAGAUCUGAUGAGCUAAAUCAGGGGUGUUACAGCAUGCUGAACACAAGAUACAGUUUCAGCAUGAGAGUAAGUAGUUGCAUUAAGACUCGUGGAUCUGUAGUUUCUUCAUUAUAAAUUAUAGGCCUUGAAAUAAAAGGAGGAACAUUUAAGUCUUGAAUUUAUGUUUUUGGAUAUAGGCUAUAAAUAUUCUUAAUCUGGUGGUUUUAUUUUGUUCA